GCUAGAAGGCCUCUGAGGUCACCACUCUCCUCCAGCGGGCCAUGGGCAGCUCUGAUAGCUCAGGCCAGGACUGGUGUGACAGUAAAUACAACUGGUAUGAGAUCGGACCCACGGACUUGCUGGAGCGCAAGGGCUCCCUGACACUCCGCUCCCAUCACAAGAAGUACUCCAGGCCGGUGUUGGUGUACUCCUGGCAUCAUGACAGAGAAGCUUUACCCAAAGAUUAUGACAUAGAGGGUCCUGAGAAAGUGAAAAAACUGUGUAAUUCAACCUACUGGCGACUUGGAACUGAUGAACCUCCAAUUUGGAUAUCAGAAACACACGAGCAGAUGUCACAAGUGUUUUUAAAAAGAGAAUUGGCUGAAAGAAAGAGCAAGGCCUUAUUAAAUGAGGAAACACUGUGCUCUGGGAUUAUUGAAAGGGACACUGGAUUACCUGCCACGGGCUACGGGGCUGUCUUUACCAGACAUCCACCAGAGAGAGGAAAAAUGUAUGAUUUGACAACAUACUCGGAAGACUAUGUCCCACACUAUGAUUAUCAGCCACGUGAUUAUGCCUGUCGAGAUGAUUACUCAAUAGUCCACAGAAAGUGCCGUUCUCAGUUCACAGAUCUAGAUGGUUCCAAAAGAUUUGGCAUAAACACUUGGCAUGACGAGAGUGGGAUUUAUGGUAACUCAGACAUGAAACGAGAACUCUAUUCACUGAGUCAUGGUCCCAUUGUUCCCCAUUUAAAGUAAUAUAAGAAUCAGAUUCUCUAAUUAAU